UAUUUGUCUCCCUUUCCCCUCCCAUCUCUGUCUCUCUCCCCUACCCUCUUCCUCUUCCUCUCCCUCUCCAAAAGAACAAGAAAAAAAGGAAUAGAAAGAGGAAGAAGCAAGCCUUGGCUUUUGACUUGGUGAUGGGCAGUGGAAUUAUUCCCAGGAAUUAAUCCCUUGUGGUUCUGAAAGAUUCAUUCAUACCAAGAAAGGAGGAGGAAAUAGUUGCUUGUUGAAUCUCCCCUCCCCUCUUUUUUUUGCUCAAAAAUUCCCAAUCUUUCUCUUCUCCCCUGUCUGUUCGUGGGAGAAGAGAGAAGAGGGAAGAGGGCGCCAUGGCGAAGAAGGAGGGACCUUGCGGCCAUUGCGGAGUCACAAGUACUCCUCUCUGGCGAAAUGGGCCACCAGACAAGCCAGUUCUCUGCAAUGCAUGUGGGUCGAGAUGGAGGAUAAGGGGUACGUUGGUGAACUACACACCGGCGCAUCGCCGCGAAGAUACUGGUGCUAGUGAAGCUAGACCUGACAAGCUGAAGCUCAAGGGACAGAAACAGCCCAAGAAAAGACCAAACCGCAGUAUAGUGAAGGAUGAACCAUGGUCUGAUCAGAACUUCUGGAAGAUGGGAAAUGCGGACACAAGCAAUCGAUCUGGUUCUGGAUCAGCGGUAUCAUAUUCAGAGAGUUGUGCCCCAUAUGGUUCUGUUGAUGCAAGGGAAAUGGCCGGUUCAGCGCAGUCACAUGCUUGGGAUUCACUGGUGCCAUCAAGAAAAAGGAGUUGUGUCACUCGUCCUAAGCCAUCACCGGUGGAAGAGCUUGUAGAAGAGCUCAACUCCAUAUUGCACGAAGAAAAGUUAUACUGCCUUUCAGCAGGAUCCACAGAGGAAGACCUGCUUUAUCAUAAUGAAACUCCCGUUGGCUCCUUUGAGAUCGGUUAUGGAAGUGUGCUUCUUAGGCAUCCGAACUCGAAAUCAGCAGAGGAAGAGUCAGAAGCAAACUCUGUUCCUGCAGAUAGCAAGUCAUACAUUACAAGUGAAUCCUAUUCAGGUUCUGCCUCAUUCAUUGCGCAUAGUGAAAUCAAGGGAGCGAGCAACUCAAAUGCUGCAUCCGAGAAGCUAAAGUGGUCACCAAUGGAGACACAUGACAGUGCUAGGAGGGAUGAGCUUCAUUAUUCAAACCAGCAUAUCCUGGAGAGCGCAGAUUCAGCUUUAGUUUCAGUAGCUUUAGAGGACAAGGAAGUUGGAGGCCUUACCAAGUCCAGCAUGAGGUCUCUCAAAAGACCUUACGAAAGCCAGCCGCAAAGCUUCACAGAUGCAGAAGUGAGAGCAGGAACCAUGAGAAUAGCUUCUUCGAGAUCCGGGGCUAUGGCUUCUUCUUGUCAGUUGAGAAGCUCAUUUUUGCCGAAAUCUGGCAAUGCCACCAGAGCAUCACUCAACCUGUUCAUGUUAGCCCCAGAUAAAUUAUCAUCUAUGAUGAACCCCUCGGACAAGGAUUCUGACCAAGACUCGCUGCUGCUGGAGGUCCCUCGCAACGCGCCGCACCCUGAAGCGGAGCUUCUUCUCUGCUGCCCCCCACCUUCUCAGCUCAGCUCUGUGACCGUAACCGCAGCCUCUCCUCCGAGCAACCAUAGUCCCGGUUCCGCUAGCGAUCAGCUUAGGAACAGGCAUCAGUGGUAGUUUUGUUUACAUCUUGGUUCCUGGAUCAUCAUCAUACGAUACCGCUCACCGAUGAUCGUCCAGACGUGCACGUGCUGAAUUUGUCCGUGCUUGUUUUCUUUUGUUUGGUGUAUAUGGCUGGAGAAAUUGUAACUUGUAUAUCUGCUGUAUGUAUGGGGAAUGGAUAGAAUCUUACUAUCA